AUGGAGUCCUACAAGGAGCUCACUUGUGAAUUUUUGGCAUCGAUGAGGUAUCACCAAUUCGAUGAGAUCGAUCGAGCUGAGUUGGACAAAGGCUGGGGAUGGAUUACUUUCUUGGCAAAGGGAGAGAGGAAGAUGGUAACCUUCAGGCACCUAGAGAUACUCUUUGGUUUCAGUUAUGGAGAAGGAAACCUAUGGAAUAUCAAGGAGGAUGAACUCCAAAGAGUAUUGGCUACAAUCGCUGAAGAGGGAUACUCUUCAAGGUCAAAAGCUGCCCAAAUCAGGAGCCCAGUGCUGAGAUAUGUCCACAA